AUGGGUUCUUGGAUACUCAAGUUGCUGCUGCUGCAGCUUGUGCUUGUGUUGGUUCAUCAUGCUGAUUCAGGUUCUGUCGUCAGAUAUCUUCCCGGUUAUGAAGGCCCUCUUCCUUUUGAGCUUGAAACCGGGUACAUUGGUGUUGGCGAGGCAGAGGAAGAUCAAAUGUUUUACUACUUCAUCAAAUCUGAGAGGAACCCAGAGGAAGACCCUCUUCUUGUCUGGUUAACUGGUGGACCUGGCUGCUCUUCUUUUUCUGGCCUUGUUUAUGAAAAUGGGCCUCUUGCUUUCAAGGUUGAGGCCUACAAUGGAAGUAUCCCUUCCUUGGUCUCUACUACAUAUUCUUGGACCAAGGUGGCGAAUAUAAUCUAUUUGGAUCAGCCUGUUGGGACUGGCUUCUCCUACUCAAGAAAUCCAUUUGCUGAUCUACCAAGUGACACAGGAGCAGCUAAAAGGGUCCAUGAGUUUCUUGGUAAGUGGCUAGCCAAGCAUCCUGAGUAUUUCUCCAAUCCUUUCUAUGUCUCCGGAAACUCUUAUUCCGGUAAGGUGAUUCCGACCAUCGUUCAAGAAAUCUCAAAUGGAAAUCUUGUAUGCUGCAAACCUCAAAUAAAUCUUCAGGGUUAUGUUCUCGGAAAUCCGGUUGCAGACACUGAUCAACAUCAUAACUCUCGCAUUCCAUUUGCUCAUGGAAUGGCACUCAUCUCUGAUGAACUCUAUGAUUCAAUGAAGAGAAGCUGUGGAGGAAUUUAUUUUAACGUGUUUCCUCUUAACACAGAUUGCUUGAAAUUAGUUCAAGAGUUCAAGAAGUGUGUUUUUAGAAUAUAUGAAGAACUUAUUCUAGAAUCAAAUUGUGACAUUACAUCUCCUGAUUGCUAUACGUAUCGGUAUUUGCUAUCCGAAUAUUGGGCUAAUGACGAGAGCGUACGCAGAGCACUUAAUGUUGUGAAGGGGACAAAAGGGAAAUGGGAACGAUGUGAUUAUAAUGUGCGUUGCAAUAAAGAUAUAAGAAGCAGCAUACCAUACCAUAUGAAUAACAGUAUUCAAGGCUAUCGAUCUCUCAUCCUCAGCGGUGAUCACGAUAUGACAAUCCCUUUCGUUGCAACUCGAGUAUGGAUAAGAUCUCUCAACUAUUCCAUUACUGAGAAGUGGAGGCCAUGGAUGAUACUCGAUAAAGUCGCUGGAUACACCAAGACUUAUGCAAAUAAGAUGACAUUUGCUACUGUGAAGGGAGGCGGGCACACGUUAGAGUAUAAACCAGAGGAGAGCUCAAUCCUGUUCAAGAGGUGGAUAAGUGGCCAACCUCUGUAA